AUGGAUACCGAAUCAGUCGAGAUGCACGGGCAACAAAAUCAACCGGCAUUAAUCCAAAUUCAAAUGAUCAAAAGACCAUCAGUCAUAUUAUUAUUUGAAGUUUUACAUCUGCCGUCUCCGCAAUCUCAUAAAUUUCAAUUAAUCAAAGAAUUAAUUGCUACGAUCUUCUCUUCACAUAAAUCCAUGUACGGCUGGGGAAAGAAACAAGAACUGUAUUCUUUCAUCGAGUUUGGCAUCAUCACAUCCGAACAAAUAAACCGAGUCCAAUAUUAUGAUCAACAGGAAAUUUUCACCAUAGAGUGGCGAUUAACUCAUCCGCACCAUCCAUUAGCAUCGCAUCCACAAAUUAGCUUGCAAAACGCCAUAUUAUUAAUGACUGGCAAAUGUUUAAAUAAAAAUCUAACCCGUAGCAAUUUCGGUAUGGGUUUAGAUCCUACACUUCGUCGAUAUACCACAUAUGAAAGAUCCGUUCAGUCUUCAUUAAUAAAAUAUGCGUGCUGUGAUUGCCUUGCUAUCGAAACAAUCAUAGAAGCAUUAAAAAAUCCUCAAGCACCUCAAUUAACAUCCGAAUCCUGUGACCCAACGACAGAUUCCGAAACCGAGGACGAAUUACGACCGACCGCCUCUUCAUCAUCAGUUCUAGCCGGCUUUUCGUCUCCUCCUAAAUUGCCACAACAACAGCAGCAAAAUGAGUCAUUAGUUACACACCCAGAGUACGACCAAAUAUCUGAAGACGAGCUCCAGACGACCGAUCGACUUGUACUAACGGAUCGAGUCGUAACAAUUGAACCAAUGGAACAAGAGAACCAGCCGUCUACACCAUUAAAUAUUCUAAAAAAUCCGGACUUAUGGCAAUCAAUUUCGGAUUCAGAAACAGAAGAUCCACCAGCUACCCCUCCACCGCCUACUGUUAAUACCACUACGCAGACCGCCGUUCCUUAUCGUCUAAUUCCUAUUAAACAAUACAAACCGUAUUCUUCAACUUCAAUCGAUCCUCCAACCACCGCAAACAUAUCCUCACAACCGUCCAUCGUUCCGUUUGAACAAACAAACUUCAUCGUCCGCCUGCCAGAAAAAUCGCCCGUUUUAUCUUCUACAUCACCAUCACAACAAAUUUCUGCGACAUCCGAACCGUCAUCUUCUAGCGUACCUCCAUCCACUUCAGCCACCAGCAAACGAAAACGCAAGGAUACAAGAUCCAAAGCACAUCGACAGCGAGAUAAUCGCCGCAAAGAACUUAAACGCAGAGCUCGCGCAUACACGUACGAAGUGAUCAGGAGGA